GGAACUGAACCUUGGGUCUUAGAGACAGCCAUGCUAACCAUUACAACAGCGUUCUUUUAGCUCCAUUUACCUAUUACUCAGCCAUAUUUCUAUUUGAUCAAUUAGUUAUUAAUUAGGCUCCCUAAUUGGUUUACAUUUACAAUCAAGUCUCCACUCUCGAAGUGUGAGUCUCAGCGUGUUCAGUGAGAACAGCUCACCUGUGUCAUCUCUCGGUUACAAUAAUAUAAUAUAUAAAUUACAACACAGAGGUACAUUCAAAACUUUGCCUUGCGUUAUUUUAUCCAUCACAAACUGGUCAUCGCCAGCUAGCGGGCUGAUUUAUUAAAGCAUACCCACACAGAACCCAGCAAAUUUCAAAACGCAUGACAUAUGUGAAUGAUAAUCGGUUUUAGAAAAAGUGUGAAUCGUGCAAUCCACUUUCAGAUAAAAUAAAGUUGACUUAUGUCUUAAGUCCCUUCUCCACAUGGUGGGCAGCCAGUGCCGUUUUGAUUUUCGGGUACACAAUGAAGUUCCCCGAGAAACCUCGGCCGGGAAAGAAUGGUUCCGUCCUACGUGGCAGAGACGCUUUCGGAGAAAGUCUACGGGACAUGAACGGAAUGAUAAUUAAAUUUGCCAUCUAAUUAAUUAAAACAAAACCCCAGAAAAGAAGCUCUUCAACGUCACAAAAGAAUUCAGAAAGAAUCUAAAAUGUGAGUACACCGACCAGGUUAUAAGUUUUGUUAGCAAUAACGUUUUAGUUGUUUUUUUUUCCCAGUUCUUAAGAAGAGCGACUUUUUUUUCCCCCCAAGUAGUUUUGCUGCAAUCCGGUGUGAUUUUUGUCAGAUAACGGACAGGUGCGGUCUUGCUGAAGACAGAUCAUCGAAAUGCGAAAUCGGUUCGUUUUCGGCUGACGUCUCCAGUGUUUCAGGCUGGGGCCUUACAGAGGCCCAGCCCUGAGAGGGGUCAGGCUUGCGGCUGUGCUGUGGUUCGGAGAGGGCUGAUGUGGAAGGUGUACUUUGACAGCAGGGCGAAAGACUGUUCACUCUCCUUCGGGCCAGAGACUGUGAAGAAACCACGCCAGUCGGAGUUUGCCCGGUGGUGUGAGGCGUACAUGCCCCCAGGGAGGCGCUAGGCGCUCGCGGCACGGGGAUGGACCGCGGCGGCUGCCGGAGAGCCGGUUCUGGCCCGCGGGCCCCCCAGCACCACCCGCACAGGCCCGCUUCCAGGACGGGCUACCCGGAGAGGCCCGGCGACAGGGAGGGUGGCUUCGGGCACAGGCCUGGUCGUUACGGCGACGCCUACGCGCCCGGUCGCUAUGGUGACGAGCGCUACCCACAGCCGGACCCUAGGGGGAAGCACUGGCCCGUGCAGGACCACCGGGCCGGACACCAUGCCAGCAGCCCCCUGCCCAGAGCCGCCGUCGCCCCUGGAUACUGCAGCACCCCCAUUCCCAGGGGCUCCUACAGCACAGAGAGGCUGCCCGACAGGCAGGUCUAUGACUACCCUCCUUACAACUCCCUGCCCUGGGCCCCCAGGGGGGAUUUCGGCUACUAUGAUCAUGGCUAUCACCAGUGGUACCACCCACACACAGAGGCUGACAGGUGGGCUCCCAGCGUCCCUCCACAGGACCCCUGGAGGCAGAGCCCAGGCCAGGGGUGGAGGCACGAGCCGGACUGGAGCAGCCCCUCUUUCCCAGAGCCGCCCACCGGCAGCUACGACCAGCGCCACAGAAACCCCCGGCAGGACUACAGCACUCCGGGGAGCCCACACCAUCCCAACGGAGACGUUAUCCGGGAGAACAGAGAGCGUUUUGGAGAGUUCCCUCCCGGCGGGUCGGGGAGCCUGGCGCGAUCAAGGGCCUCGGGCUUGUCGUCGAGUGGCUACGAGCUGAGCCAGUACAUCACCGACGGCACCGAGCACAGCGACCUGCUCCCAUGCUCUCUCUGGGGCGACUCGCACACAGACGGCGCAGACGUCCCCCAGCUCUCCGCCCCCCUGAAGUUCUCCCUGCCUCACGUGCGGGCCGGAUUUGGGCCCGCGGGCCAGCUGGCUGCCCCUUUGCUUUGCCCCGAGCCUGCGGUGAGGCCGGAAGGGUGCCGGGGUGACGGAGGUCGGGCAGGGGUGUCUGCCUGCAGGAGGCGAGAGAGAGAUCGGUCGCACAUUAACGAGCACCUGGCCUCACCUCCGCAGGUCAUCCUCAUGGACACCCUGGAGCAGCAGGAAGCGAGACUCUUCCCCGGGCCGCUCGCCAGGGAAGACCUGCACAAGGUGGAUGCAAUCACAUUUGCCCAGAACAGAGCAGACACCUGCUUGAAAGACAAAGCUCUGCAAGACCAGACCUCUGCUGCCCUCCUGUGGAACCUGCUAGUAUUGCUCUGCAGACAGAAUGGGAGAAUCGUGGGCUCGGAUAUCGCCGAGCUGCUGCUGAAGGACAGCAGGGCGCCGGGGCGGUGUGCUGGUGCCGCGGGCGGGCCGGGACCUGGGGGGCUCUGGGAGGGCCUGUGGGUCCUGUACAGGCGCAGCUGGCUGAGCCUCUCUCACACUCUUCAGGAGGCCCUGGAGGCGGCGAUGGCCAGCGGCCUGUGGGGACACGCCCUGCUCCUGGCCAGCAAAAUGGACAACCGGUCGUACACCACCGUGUUGAACAGGUUCACAGGGAGUCUGGCUGUGAACGAUCCCCUGCAGACUCUGUUUCAGCUGCUGUCUGGACGGACCCCUGCAGUGUCCACGUGCUGUGGGAGUGAGCGGUGGGGUGACUGGAGACCCCACCUCGCGGUUAUACUCUCCAACCCCCCUGGAGACCCCACACUGCAUCGCCAGGCGGUCACUACCAUGGGGGACACGCUGGCUGCCAGAGGGCUGAUUCAUGCUGCCCAUUUCUGCUACCUCGUGGCCCAAGUUCCCUUUGGGGUCUACACAGCGAAAUCGGAGAAACUGGUCCUCCUGGGUAGUAACCACUGCCUGCCCUUCCUGCAGUUCGCCAGGAGCUCAGCCAUCCAGAGCACCGAAGUGCUGGAGUACUCCCGGCUGCUGGGCGACCCCUCCGGCUUCAUCGCGCCCUUCCAGGUUUACAAAUUUCUUUAUGCGUGCCGCCUGCUGGACUGCGGGCUGGCUCCUCAGGCAUUCCACUACUGCGAAGUGAUAGGGAAGGCACUGCUCAGGCAAGAGACCCUCCAUGUUGUGUUAGUGGAAGAAGUCAUCAAGCUGGCAGACAGGCUGAAGGCGUCAGGUCCUCAGUUUCGUGCUGGAGGAACAGAGCAGCUCACUGAGGACCCCGAGUGGCUGGUGGAGCUGCGGCACAGAUAUGGUCUCCAGCAGAUGGGGAGCUAUGGUGACUGUGACAAGUAUCAACCACCUGCUGAUGAAACCACUAGCCCAUGGGAAGAUAAUGGGAUCGACACAGCGAACCGUGACGGGUGUGACAUGGAGCUCCUGCCGGGAUUGCUGACGGCCGAGGCACACGAGCACAGUCCAGCUGAGCUGCUCCCCCAGUACGAACUCCCUAAGGAUGCGGAGCAGCACCCCGGCCGCACCUGGACUCCUCCCCAGGCGGCUGCAGAACAUGCACACAGGGAGCCUGCAGCGCCCCCUCUGCCCGGAGGCCAGAAUUACCACUUCCGGGUCCAAGAUGCCACCAGCCCACAGGAUGCCCACCUGGAUUCCAGCAAUCCUGGGCGGCUCACCGACGGUUGCGAACGGCGCUGGGGGGACGGAGCUGUAAGUUUUCCAGCAGGUUCCUGUUACAGCCCCUGCGGCUCACAGGCCAAGUGAGGCUCGGGUUCUCCUGCACAUGUGCGAGAUUUGAUACUAGAGCAGACGCUGCACUGGGACAUGAUAUUUGAAAUCCUUAAGAUUUAAAAAAAAAAAAAAACAACCUCCUGUCCUGUUUCUUGCAGUUAGUUACCUUGGCGUGUACUAUAACUCUGCAAGUUCUAGCCUACACCUGCUCGAUACUCAUUACUUCACGGCUGGUGAGCAUUGCCUUGGGGGAACGAUCAUGUCUGAUGUCUUGAAAGAAUGAGCAAUGAUCGGCACUGUGUACCGUGAAAACUCUGGACACAGAAAAUAAGAGUAAAAGACGUGCUGUGUCCUUUGCAGUAGGAUUGUAGUGAAGACC